GGAAGGCGCGGAGUGUGAGGCUAACUAGUUUGGUGUUAGUUGGUUAUUUGUAAAUACGAAAAUCGUAAACCUUGACUUACUCGAAUUCGAACGUUAGUCAUAGUAGUCUUGCCUCUAGCUUGUAGCACGAGGCCCUGACGAAUUGUAUACAAAACCCGACAUGACUUAAUGAAGUGGUGGGAACGACAAAUUACUAGAUGAGGUCAGAAAGCCAAACUCACCUAACUCUUCCCCGAGAAACCUUAGAAAAUCAGAGAAUCGGUUUACGUCUAGUGUGUAGGCCGGCGCUUACUUUAGUUCUUGCUCUAAUCGUGAAUCAUUUAGUGCGGGAAAAUCCAUGAACGUUACUCGAACGGUGGAAGUGUAGCUUCAUAUCUGAAUGUCAGCCUUGGCACCUCGCGCUCCAGCACAAAGUCAAUAACCGGCGUUUUCCAAUAAAUGGUUGUUAUAUAUUAGUUAUUUUAUAUUGUUGUUAUUAAAGAUGAAAUGGAGGAUCACAGGUGUGUGACAUUCUACGUUGAUGAAGCGACUCUUGAUUAACCGUAAAUUAUUAUAAACGAUAGUAGCUUGAAGGCAGAAUAUAACAUGGCGUCUUUAACGAGGCUUAUUAGGUACCCGACGGCUCUGGGUCGCAUUAUUAUUAUUAUAAUGAACAACAUUUAUUGUAUUCCAACCUAUGUUAUAUGGAUGAUAAUAUUGACACCAUUAAAGUGCAUAAACUCCAAGGCCUAUUAUAAAAUCGAGGGGUUGUUUUUCCAUUGGCUCUUGGCCAUUGUUGCAUUAUGGUCAUACACAGCUGGCUAUGACAUUGUAGAAACUGGUGACGAUAUUUCCGAAUGUAGAGAUAAAAGAACACUUGUGAUAGUUAACCAUCAAAGUACAGCGGAUGUUCCACUUUUGAUGGCCAAUUUUAAUACAAAGCGAGGCGUCUUGCCAAAUAUUAUGUGGAUUAUGGACAGACUUUUCAAAUAUACUAACUUUGGAAUUGUUAGCAUGAUUCAUCAAGAUUUUUUCAUUACUUCGGGCAAGCAGCAUCGUGAUUCGUCCAUUCGGGCUUUGAGGGAGCAUAUACAAUAUACUUACUUCGAAAGCACAAAGAAAUGGAUUGUGCUAUUUCCAGAAGGUGGAUUCUUGCGAAAGCGCAAAGAAGUUAGCAGAAAUUUUGCGUUAAAAAAUAAUCUGCCGCUUUUAGAAUACGUUACAAUACCCCGCGUAGGAGCAUUUCAAGCAAUAUUUGAAACAAUGCGUUCAAAAGAUUCAAAUUACUCGCAAAAUACAGUACAGUCAAAUAAUGUAUCUUUAAAUAAGAAUAUAGAGCAAGCGCUGUUAGAAUAUGUGCUCGAUAUAACAGUUGCUUAUCCCGAUCAAAAUCCGUUGGAUCUUUCAAAUAUUGUACAUGGCCUUAGGAGACCCUGCACAACGUAUAUGUUUUAUCGCCUUUAUAAAGCUGAGAGUGUACCUAGAGAAGAAAAUGCUAUGAAACAAUGGCUUUAUGAUCGUUUCAUAGAGAAAAAUGGGUUGUUGGAAAAUUUUUAUAAGUUAGGAACUUUCAUCCCAAAUGAACCACUGCAUGAACAUUUGAUUCAACAAGAUGUACUUCGUUUUGUGUUAAUAAAUGUCUUCUUUAUAAUUUCAACAUAUUUUCACAUGAAAUUAAUAUACAAAUUUUACGCGCAAUGUGUUUAUUACGUACACCAAGUGACUUCGUAAUACAGGACAAUUUCAAUAGCAGAUUUAAUCUGAUAGGUAAAUAACCAUUUUAUAAUAAAUCAAUAAAUGUCAAACAUUCAAAGA